GCGUUGCAUUUCGAUGACCCAAGGUUAAAUUUAAAUGAAUUUUUGCUGUGUUUUAAAGCUAAAAAAGCACGAACUAGGGGUAAAAUGAAUGAGGAUAUCGACUGUGAAAUCAUUGAAGAUAGUUUAAAUGAAAAUCAGACCAUUGCUGGCGUGUGUAAAUUGACCACGGAAGACUCAACAACAGUGGAAGAUGAACACACAUUCGAAAGAAAAAAAUUGACGGGUGAUGUAACGUGUGAGUUUUUAGAAGUUGCAUUUCAUCAGAUUUUACGCUCCAGACAAGUUUACCCGUGGGAUAUAUUCGUUGCUCGCAAAAAAUACAACAUUCCCGUUUUCAUGUCAUGUUAUCCGCCUUUGAACUUGUACAUAGCUGGUAUUAUGACUUCAGUUAAACCUUUAAUCGACCAAGGCAUUGUAAAACGUGUAGUACUAUUACUUUUAAGUUCAUUGACGGUGCUGGAACAAUUUGUAUUUGAAUUAUCUGGAGAGUUACCACAGGAAAGUUCUGAUGAAUUUUUUAUAAAUGUUGAACAUUCAUUUCGUGCGGUGCUGACUAAUUUAGUCACUUAUGUUAGAGCUGAUAAUGACACAAAGUUGCCAACUUCAUUCCAAGUUAAAGUGUAUGUUACCUCAUGCCCAAGCUCCGACUUGUUUUCGACUGACGGCACUGGUUUAUUGUGGGUAAAAUGCGAGAAAGAUGAAAACAAAUCAAAGCUUUCCUCCGUAAAAUCUAUUGUUAAUUCUUCAGGGUUUGGUAUACAGUUAUUUAUAUUGGAAAAUAUUGAAAAUUCAUAGCAGCAAUUUAAUAAAUACCCUUGAAAGUCUGCGAUUGCUGUAAUUUUCAUUUCCAGUCAAUUGCUGAAUUUGCUGCAAACUUAUUUUAAUCUGUCUUAUGGUACUAUUGAUCAGUGCCUAUUUGUCAAUCAUCUUUUGUUGAAACUUGCAGUUUCCUGUUUUGCUAUUCUUAUUUUAGCUUGUUUUGUUCUUUCGAUUUGCACAUUUUUAUUUAAAAAACCAGGAUUGGUUUAUUUCCAUUCAGACUAACCUACAUUCUUUUACUAUUUCAGAUUUUGUUCUAUAGUUUUCAUUGCAGAGUUAGUAAAAAUUUGAAAAUGUCAAAACUGAUCGGCAAAAUUCCCAUCUGGACCAAAGCAGGCAUUGCUUAUUCAACCCCAAAGCUGCAAAACUUCUGGAAAUUCGCGAAAGUUGAACUACGACCUCCGACUCCAGCUGAGGUUGGGCAAUCUGUCGGCAUCGCGAGCAAAUCAAUUGCCAACAUCACAAGUGGGAAGGUGAUGGGUCUAUCAGUGAAGCAAGCUUGGCAGAACACUCUCGUCUUCACAGAAGUUUGCAUGUGGUUCUUCAUUGGGGAAAUCAUCGGAAGGAAGAGUCUCAUCGGAUACAAAGUUUAAACAACAAUUCGUGAAUGUGCUGUAAUUUAAAAACAUCAUUUCAUUACUUUUACAAAAACUUCAUGUAAUAUUUCGAAUUUGGCUUUUAUUCGGUUCUGUACUUUGGCAUCUUUGUUUCAGCAACUCUUUCAAAUAUUUAACUUGAGUUUCAUUGAAAAAAGACAAAUCUAUACUUGUGUGUUCAAUUUGAUGUUAUGGUUCCUUCUU